UUUAUUUUUGAGUCACUGGGAGGUGAAGGCUUCUCUGAGGGUUUGGGAGUUUGUUGUCGCCAUGUGCGCGCCGCUGCUGCUCCAGAUGUGGAUGGUUUUACUGUUAGGGGCUUUGACCGGGGUCGCCAGGACUCAGGUCUCCACGGUCAAAGUGAUCAGAGGCAACGUGAGGAGAGACGACUUGUACCGCAAAGAGGAAAACAUCACAGUCACACCAGUGGGUGGAGCCAUCCACAGCCCACGCUACCCUAACGCUUAUCCCCGCAACCUGCUGUUGUCAUGGAAACUGCUGUCACCGCCAGGGAGCCGCAUUCACCUGGAGUUUGACGGACACUUCGGCCUGGAGGAGGCUGAGAAUGGAGUGUGCAGGUAUGACUUUGUUGAAGUGGAGGACCAAUCAGAGACAAGCACUAUAAUUUGGGGUCGCUGGUGUGGGCAGAAAGCUCCGCCCCGCCUCAACUCCAAAACCAACAUGCUCCGAGUCACCUUCAAGUCUGAUGAUUACUUUGUUGCAAAGCCGGGAUUCAAAGUCUACUACUCCCUGCUGCACGAUGCUCCUCUACCUGCAGCCAACACCAACUGGGAGGCUGUCACUAUGCUCAUGUCGCACGACAGCGGUGGAGGGCAGAUGGUGCCCGUCACGCAGGUUCCUUUCUCACUGGAGGAUCUGGACCGGACAAUAGCUGCCUUCGACACGGUGGAGCAGCUUCUCAGAUCCCUGAACCCAGACACCUGGAGACAGGACCUGGACAGCAUCUACACUCAGACACACAUACAUUAUAUGUCCCGGGCCUAUCAUCUGGCAAGCAGACAUAAUAAAGUUGAUCUGAACCGUCUAUAUGAUGAUGUCAAGCGCUUCAGCUGUACCCCCCGCAACUACUCUGUAAACCUGCGCGAGGAGCUGAGGGCCACCAACGCCGUCUUCUUCCCUCGAUGUCUGCUGGUCAAACGCUGCGGAGGCAACUGCGGCUGCGGAACCAACAACUGGAACAACGGCUGCACCUGCCAGGCGUCCAAGACGGUGCCCAAACUACACGAGGUGCUGAAAUACGCCCCAGAGGUCCCUCCGCCUCAGCGCCAUCGGCGGCCGCGGGUGCGUUGGAUCAUAGACGAGAUCUUCCUCACACACCAUGAAACGUGCGAGUGUGCGUGUCCCUCCCAGCCCCCCCGCUGAGA